ACGACAUCAGUCUCUUGAAGGAGAAGCAAGAUGAAGACUUACUACCAGUUGUGCGUCCUUGUUGGCCUGGUGCUUAGGGUUCACUCAGGUCCUGUACCACAAUCUAUUGUUAAGGACGAUGAAGAGUUUGCGAAGAAUUACUUGAAGAGACUGUACCACAUGAACGAGGAGAAAAAAACGUCUUUCGGACGCAAGGCCAGUGAGAUGGGCUUGAAGCUCAGCCAGAUGCAGCAGUUUUUUGGUUUAAAGGUAACAGGAAUUCUUGACGAUGAAACUAUGGAGAUGAUGAAGAAGCCCAGAUGUGGAGUUCCAGAUGUUGCUGCAUACAAAUCCAGAGCUUUUACUAACAAAUGGUCUACAAACAAAUUGACCUACAGGAUCGAGAAUUACACUCCUGACAUGUCUGUGGCUGAAGUGGACGACUCUAUCACGAGAGCGCUGCAAGUCUGGGCUCGUGUCUCAUCUCUGAAGUUCACCCGCAUCUACAGCGGCGUAGCCGACAUCAUGAUCUCUUUUGUUGUUAGAGAUCACCGUGAUGGAUCUCCAUUUGAUGGACCUAAUGGUAUCUUGGCCCAUGCAUUUUUCCCUUCUCCCGGCAUCGGCGGAGACGCACAUUUCGAUGACGAUGAGACCUUUACCUUCAAAUCUUCUAGAGGAUACAACCUGUUCAUUGUGGCUGCUCAUGAAUUUGGACACUCUUUGGGCCUUGAUCAUUCCAAUGUUCCUGGUGCUCUGAUGUAUCCGACAUACAGCUACAGCAAUCCUGACACUUUUGUUCUGCCCAGAGAUGAUGUUAAUAGAAUUCGGGCUCUUUAUGGCACAAGUACUGUCAAUCCUGAUAAGCCUGACCCCGUACCUCCAGUCACCCCUAAUGCCUGUGACCCCAAUCUGGUCCUGGAUGCUGUUACAACCCUGCGUGGAGAGAAGCUCUUCUUCAAGGACAGGUUCUUCUGGCGCGUCCACCCACAGCUCACCGACACCGAACAAUAUCUGAUCAAGUUCUUCUGGCCUCAGCUUCCAGAUAAUAUCGAUGCUGCUUUUGAGCACACAUCAGCUGAUCUGGUGUACAUCAUUAAAGGUCAGAAGGUUUGGGCUCUAAGUGGUUAUGACAUCGUGAGAAGCACGAAUCUCCGUAGCUUUGGUUUGCCAGCUUCAGUGACGCAGAUCGACGCCGCACUUUAUGACCAAUAUUCCUCAAAGCUGUUGUUUUUCGUUGGCGGGUCAUACUACAGCUAUGACAUGAACAGGAAGGUGAUGGACAGAGGCUUUCCGAAACUAGUGACAACAAGCUUCCCAAGAGUAACCAACAAAGUUACUGCAGCUUUUCAGGAAUAUGGUUAUUACUAUAUCUUCAGUGGGCCAAAUGUUUUCCAGUACAAUAACGGAAGGCUGAUGAAUAUAGUGAAAAGCAACCACUUCUUGCGGAGAAGCAAGAUGAAAACUUACUACCAGUUGUGCAUCCUGGUUGCCUUGGUGUUCAGGGUUCGCUCAAACCCUGUACCACAGAAUAAUGACUUGAACGACGAAGAGUUUGCGAAGAAUUACUUGAAGAGACUGUACAACAUGAAGGAGGAGAACAAACCGUCUUUCGGACGCAAGGCCAGUGAGAUGAGCUUGAAGCUCAGCCAGAUGCAGCAGUUUUUUGGUUUAAAGGUAACAGGAAUUCUUGACGAUGAAACUAUUGACAUGAUGAAGAAGCCCAGAUGUGGAGUUCCAGAUGUAGCUGCAUACAAAUCCAGCGCUUUGCCUAACAAAUGGUCUACAAACAGCUUGACCUACAGGAUCGAGAAAUACACUCCUGACAUGUCUGUGGCUGAAGUGGACGAGUCUAUCAAUAGAGCGCUGCAAGUCUGGGCUCGUGUCACUCCUCUGAGGUUCACCCGCAUCUACAGCGGCGUAGCCGACAUCAUGAUCUCUUUUACUGUCGGAGAUCAUGGUGACGGCUCCCCGUUUGAUGGACCGGACGGUCUCUUGGCUCACGCAUUUGGCCCCGCUGUUGGCCUCGGUGGAGACACCCAUUUUGAUGACGAUGAGACCUUCACCUUCAAAUCUCCUGAUGGAUACAUCUUGUUCUUGGUGGCUGCACAUGAAUUUGGCCAUGCCCUGGGGCUUGACCAUUCUAAAGAUCCUGGAGCUCUCAUGAACGCAAGGUACUCCUACAGAGAUGUCGACAAAUUCCUUCUUCCUGGAGACGACGUCAGUAAAAUUCAGGCUCUCUAUGGUCGAAACCCUGAAGAGCCCGAUGUGCCCACACCUCCAACCACUCCUAAUGCCUGUGACCCCAAUCUGGUCAUGGAUGCUGUUACAAACCUGCGUGGAGAGACCUACUUCUUCAAGAACAAUAUUUUCUGGCGCCACCACCCUCAGAUCCCACAGGUUGAACAAUUUCUGAUUAAGAGCUUCUGGCCCGAUCUUCCAGAUAAUAUCGACGCUGCUUUUGAGGAUCCAUCAGACGACUUGGUGUACAUCUUUAAAGAUCAGAAGGUCUGGGCUUUAAAUGCUUAUGACGUUGUAAAGCGAGAGUCUCUCACUAGCUACGGCUUGCCGGCUACAGUGAAGAAGAUCACUGCUGCCUAUUAUGAUGAGUAUACUGGAAGGGUUUUGCUUUUUGUUGGCAAAAAAUAUUACAGUUAUGACUCAAACAACAAGAAGAUGGAUGUGGGUUACCCUAAACCGGUGGACAAGAGAUUCCCUGGAAUGACAGGAACAAUCGACGCAGCUUUCGAGGAAAGUGGUUUCACCUACCUCAUCAGUGGCACUCGCAUAGUCGAGUUUCGUGAAAGAGCGUUGACCCGUGUGGUGGGAAACAAAAACUUCCUGCAGUGUUAACCAUCGAUGGGUUUUAUACUUCUGAGUCAUUCAGACUGCGGAUGUGCCGAUAAUACAUUAAACAACUAUUUAAUAAUUUAUAGAGUAAAUUGUUAUUCAUUUAUAAAACAUUUUCUGAGUCAGUGUAAUUCCUUAAGUUGUACAUUUCUAAAUAAACCUUUCAUUCAAAUUGAAACACUGAAAUGUUGAUGAUGUGAAGCAAUAAAAAUACAAUAAAUCUGUA